GAGGUAAACCGUGAAUCUUUUGCGCUGUGUUUGUGUACCAACUCUACUCUUAAGAGCAACACUUUUAUGGGACAUACAUUAGCAAUAGGUGAUGACGCAUUCCUACAGUCAGAGUUCUCUCGUGGUGCUCGCGUUUUUAGGAAUUGUAUCCGCUAUUAUGUCCAUAUUAUCGGUCAUUUUGAUUUUUCAGCUGCAAACGCAACAGGCUGUAAUAAAGAAGUCGCUUUCUUUCAUGUCGAGUGAGAUCACAGCGGUUUUGAUGCCCGUUUCUCCAGUGCUCUCAGUCUUGUCUCUGUCGCUCAACUUGAGCUCUGUUGUCGUGUGUCUGCUCAACAGUUAUUUCACUACUGAAAUGUGCAGAGAGGAACAAGAUACGCAAAGGGCUGAUUGGUUUCUUUUGGAAAGCAGGGCUGUCCGGCACGUGGCCAUUGGGCUGUUUUGCCUUGGAGUUUCAGUUUAUUUAGCUGCCAUGUCCAUUUACAUGUUGCUGGUGUUUGAAGUUGAGACUGGAAUAGCCAGCAUGUGCGUUCUCUCUUCCGGUGUGCUCAUCCUGCUACUUAUCAUUAUUCACUCUUUUAUACGGGCCGCACGCACAGCCAAACACUUCCGAGAUGAACAGGCCCACACCAUGUACCAAAAUUACCCUGAAAGCAGUGCUGGAAUUCGUAUGUCGAACUUAAGCCUUACGGACAAUCCGUGGAGGCAGCACAGCUUAGCCAGUCUGCACAGGCAUUUCGCCAACAUUGAGCAGAACACUAAACAGAAAUCACAGUAUUCGCCGUCCAAUGGGCCUCACAUUCUCUCUAGUGAUAGCGAUGGUGGAAGCGGCCAAAUGCACCGGACCCUUUCGACUGAAUCCGGCCUGUUUCAUGACCAAGCAAAACCCUGGAACAGGGUCAACAGCGAGAUGAGAUCUGUACUAGCACGCAAGGCCACGGUCAAGGAUUCCACAUUAGUAUGAAUGGUGUCAAGAUGGACAUUAUAUGACAUGUGGGUAUAUACCCAUAUAUAACAUGUAGACCCUGAUCUCGGGAAAAUUACGUGACUGUGGCAAUAGUUUUGCAAAAUGAUAUUAAGUGGUUCCUUAGAUGUAUUGCAGCAGUUCCUAAGUAAAAUGUCCACUGAGUGGGGCUAAUGAGGAUUUAAGGGUAAUGCUCAAUUGACUUUCAACAGAUCCUACCUCCCUACCCUAAACCUAAACGACAGUGUCUUAAAAUGCAAAUGUGUUAUGAAAAACUCAAUUGCUAAAGCAACCACGUCAUUUUGUGGUGCUUCUAUGACAAUUUCGGCUCACGUGCCGACUUGCAUGCUCUUUAGGACUCGUACCCCAUUCCUGUGCAAGUGCAACACUCUAUCAGUUGAACUACCGUGCAAUUUGAAUGCGAUAACAAGCUUGUUAAUGUAAUUGGUUAUGUAUUCCAAACAUUAAUAUAUAUUUGUAGUGACUCAAGCCAGGUCUCCUAAGCAACCAAAUUGACCCGGUUGCUAGGGAGGGUAGAGUCACAUGGGGUAACCUCCUCGUGGUCGAUAUAAUGUGGUUCGCUCUCGGUGGGGCGCAUGGCGAGUUGUGCGUGGAUGCCGCGGAGAAUAGCGUGAAGCCUCCACAUGUGCUAUGUCUCCGCGGUAACGCGCUCAACAAACUUUUUUGAUUUGUGUGAAAGUAAAUAGAAGUCAUUGUUGUUGUAGCGCCUCUAGUGUUCAUUUCACCAAGAAACUGCCAUGAUACGUAUAACGAGCCAUGUCAGAUUCAUUUAGCAAUAAUGUAGUUAUAGUAACAUGUUGCUAUGAGACCAGAUUGAACGUGCCUAUGAGAAAACAGGCACCACAAAAAAUAUUGUAAAAUAUCUUAAGUGACUUGCCUUAGAUUCUGACAGCCAAGUGAAAUUUAAAGCAGAAUGUGAAAAUCUGACUAUAUUUUUUGUACACCUAAUAUAAAACAAGUGUUUGCAAACCAUGCACACUAACUGUUAAAAUAUAAGAUGUUGAAUUGCUGUUGUAGAUUUGUUACAAGAUACAGUUUUCUUUUUAUUUACUAAAAAGAUGUAUGAGUUUUGUAUAUUCAAUGCAAUGUAGUACCUGUGAUUUCUACAGACAAAUGAAAGUAAACAAAUUAAGAUGAGUUGAAAAAUGACACUUAAAUUCCAUAUACCACAUAAUAAUUCAAUUAAACAUGUGGCUGAGUCUGAAUUAGCAAUUGUAAUGUCUCUUUAUCAUGAUGAAACUUAAAUAGUAUGUAAAUGUUUUUGAAAUCUGAAGAACAGUUUAACUGGUGAUUUUGUAUAUUGCAUGCUUAACCUAGAAAAAAAAAAAAAAACUAAAAUGCCUAAAGAAA